UAAAAACAACAAACAAUCCUCUCAUCUGUUUUAGGGUUUCGAGAAAUUUGAUAUUUGAUUUGGGAAAUUGGUGGCGAAAUUGAAGCUUCUUCAUCGGAAUGGUGGAUGGUUGAUGAAUGGAGGAGGAGAUGCUCUUCUUCUUCUUCUUGUAUCCAACAAUGAGAGACGACGCAGAGGCACCUCAGCACCGUCAUCGUCUGGGAGAUGGCCGCCACACUCCUCUGUUCCCGAUGUCGGUUCCGAUCGGCGAUAUCGACUCCUACUGCUUCGCCCGUGAGGCCUUCUCCGAUCCAAUCUCCUUCCACCUCCUCCUCACCCUGUAACCCCCUCUACCAACCAUCCCUCCUUGUUCCGGAUUAGAUAUUAUUAUUAGGUUAGAAUAUCUGCCAUGGACGAGGCUGACUUGGUCCACAAAGAUCCCUCUGGUCGCUACGUUAGGUAUAAUGACGUUCUCGGCAGAGGGGCCUUCAAAACUGUAUAUAAGGCAUUUGAUGAAGUCCAAGGUAUUGAAGUUGCUUGGAACCUCAUGAGCAUUGAAGAUGUCUUGCAGAUGCCUGGCCAACUUGAUAGGCUAUAUUCCCAAGUCCAUCUCCUCAAUUCCCUUAAACAUGAUAACAUCAUCAAACUCUUCUACUCUUGGGUUGAUGAUCAUAACAAGUCCAUCAACAUGAUCACUGAGCUUUUCACCUCUGGUAGUCUCAGCCUUUAUCGUAAGAAGCACCCCAUAGUUGAUCCCAAGGCCAUCAUCAACUGGGCAAGGCAGAUUCUUUAAGGCCUCCACUUUUUGCAUUCUCAGACCCCUCCUGUAAUUCACCGGGACCUUAAGUGUGACAAUAUUUUUGUCAACGGACAUACCGGAGAGGUCAAAAUCGGAGAUCUUGGCCUUGCAGCUGUUAUGCAACAACCCACUGCUCGAAGUGUGAUAGGUACUCCUGAAUUCAUGGCGCCUGAGCUCUAUGAAGAAGAAUACAAUGAACUUGUGGACAUCUAUUCUUUUGGCAUGUGCAUGUUGGAGAUGGUAACAUGUGAAUAUCCAUAUAAUGAAUGCAGAAACCAGGCUCAAAUAUACAAGAAGGUUACCUCGGGUAUAAAACCUCAAUCUCUCAGCAAAGUUGAUGAUCCUCAAGUUAAGCAAUUCAUAGAGAAGUGUCUUCUCCCAGCUCCUUCUAGACCAACUGCUCUAGAGCUCCUGAAGGACCAACUCCUUGCAGUAGAUGGCGCCAAGGACUCCACUCUUGCUGCUUCAUCAAACACAACAUUCAAACCUGCAAAGCCACCACACUCUGAAUAUCGUCGUAUGGAUGUUGAUCAUAAGGAGAAUACAAGUGUUUCCAUCUGCUCCUCUGCUAAAAGCAGCCAAGAAUGUGCAUGGCUCCAGACCAUUGAAGUCCAGAGGGUUGCUGAAAAUACCGAAUUCAGGUUGAGUGGAGAGAGGAGAGAUGAUGUGGCAGCAUCAAUGGCUCUGCGUAUCGCGGGCUCAUCUGGUCAAGCAAGAAAAGUCGAUUUUGACUUCAAUCUGAAGACAGACACAGCAAGAGCAGUUACAGGGGAGAUGGUUGAAGAGCUUGAUCUGUCAAGUCAAGAGGUUAUUGUGAUAGCUGAGAUGAUAGAUGAACUGAUAAUGAAGCUGAAGGCUAAUCGAAGCCUGCCUUAUGAUGCAAACAGUUUAUAUCAGUCGAAGGAUGAAGAAGCUGGAGAAUCAAUGAAGUCAGACAUAUCAGCAGACUACUACCAUCGGGUCUCCUCAAACGAGGGUUCAGGGCUCGGCUGCUGCUGCGAGGCAGUAGAGUCUUUGUUGUCCUCGUUUCUGGAUUCAUGCUCAAUGGUGUCAAACAAGCAGUCGGAUGAUCUGAAGGCGGAGCUGAAUGUGAUAGAGUCGCAAUAUAAGCAAUCUUGUCAACGACUGCUGAAGCUGAAAGAGGAAGCUAUAGAGAAGGCUAAACGGAAGUGGAUGAAGCUGAGUUGAUGAUUCCUUCAUUUCAUUUGACGUAGCCACAGUUUUGGGAUUUGCUCUGCCUUUUUUUGGUUUGUUUCACUGCCUUUUUUCUUCAUUUCCCGUCGCUUUUGGUUAUGCAAUAUGCAUAUUGCAUUGCAUCAGGAAUCACAGAUUGAAAGAAUGAAAUGUAUAUGAUGUUAAUAACGAUUAAUAAUUCCUGCUGCUAAUUCAAAAUUUAGAACUA